UCGCGUUAGUUCCGGUCGCAGAGGAGACAGCGCCGCACUUGCCGCCACCUCGGGGAUUUCUGGCUCUUUUCUCUUCGCCUUAAAUUCGGGUGUCUUUUAUGAAUAAUCAAAAGCAGCAAAAGCCAACGCUAUCAGGCCAGCGUUUUAAAACCAGAAAAAGAGAUGAAAAGGAGAGGUUUGACCCUACUCAGUUUCAAGACUGUAUUAUUCAAGGCUUAACUGAAACUGGUACUGAUUUGGAAGCAGUAGCUAAGUUUCUUGAUGCUUCUGGAGCAAAACUUGACUACCGCCGCUAUGCAGAAACACUCUUUGACAUUCUGGUGGCCGGCGGAAUGCUGGCCCCAGGUGGUACACUGGCAGAUGACAUGAUGCGUACCGAUGUCUGCGUGUUUGCAGCACAAGAAGACUUAGAGACCAUGCAAGCAUUUGCUCAGGUUUUCAACAAGUUAAUCAGGCGCUACAAAUACCUGGAGAAAGGUUUUGAAGAUGAAGUAAAAAAGCUGUUGCUGUUCUUAAAGGGUUUUUCAGAGUCGGAGAGGAACAAGCUGGCUAUGUUGACUGGUGUCCUUCUGGCUAAUGGGACACUUAAUGCAUCCAUUCUUAAUAGCCUUUAUAAUGAGAAUUUGGUUAAAGAAGGGGUUUCAGCAGCUUUUGCUGUAAAGCUCUUUAAAUCAUGGAUAAAUGAAAAAGACAUCAAUGCAGUAGCUGCCAGUCUUCGAAAAGUCAGCAUGGAUAACAGACUGAUGGAACUUUUUCCUGCCAAUAAGCAGAGCGUGGAACACUUCACGAAGUAUUUUACUGAGGCAGGCUUAAAAGAGCUUUCUGAGUACGUUCGGAAUCAGCAAACCAUAGGAGCUCGCAAGGAGCUCCAGAAAGAACUUCAGGAACAGAUGUCCCGUGGUGAUCCAUUUAAGGAUAUAAUUUUAUAUGUCAAGGAGGAGAUGAAAAAGAACAACAUCCCAGAACCAGUUGUUAUUGGGAUAGUCUGGUCAAGUGUGAUGAGCACCGUGGAGUGGAACAAAAAAGAGGAGCUUGUAGCAGAGCAAGCCAUCAAGCACUUGAAGCAAUACAGCCCUCUACUUGCUGCCUUUACUACUCAAGGUCAAUCUGAGCUGACUCUGUUGCUGAAGAUUCAGGAGUAUUGCUAUGACAACAUUCAUUUCAUGAAAGCCUUCCAGAAAAUAGUGGUGCUUUUUUAUAAAGCUGAAGUACUGAGUGAAGAGCCCAUUCUGAAGUGGUAUAAAGAUGCCCAUGUUGCCAAGGGGAAAAGUGUCUUCCUCGAGCAAAUGAAAAAGUUCGUAGAAUGGCUCAAAAAUGCUGAAGAAGAAUCUGAGUCCGAAGCUGAAGAAGGUGACUGAAUUUUGAAACUCCACCCUCAGUAAAGCAAACAGGAGUUGUAGAUAAAUGUCACGUCUCAUGUGUCCUGGUUCUUACAUCUUCCUACCUCCCUAUAUCAAGCAUGAUAUAAGGGCUUUCAUGGCAAAUUUAUUUUAACUGUUUCUAUGGUUACUGGAAAUGUUGGAUUUAGUUUCUAAAACCAUGUUUUAAGUAGCUACAGGAGCUGUAGAUUUGAAUCUAAUGUUGCUUUAGGGUUUUUUUUUUUCAGUUAUCUUCUACCUCCUGUAUUUUCUACUGUAAUAAUGUAAUUUAAGGCCUUCCACAAUGAACACUUCACUUUAUUCCCUGGGUUUUUCUAUAUAACAGUUUUCAAGAUAUGAUUUGGUUAAAAAUAAUUUGUUAGAAAAAUUCUGUUUUGCAAAUUAAACUGUAAAAGUAUCCAAAGUCUCGAAAGACAAUGAUUUGUGUGAUAAUUUGGUAUGUCCAGAGCCCUGUUCAUCAAUGAAAAUCUUAGAUGAUAAGUGAACCCAUUAAAUAUGAACCCUGGAUAUUGGGACCAUUGCUGUGUGUUACCAUAUUCUUGUCUUUUAAACCCCAGGUGUCCUUAGGUUGUUUGCUGGUUUUUAUCCUCAAUGAAGGUAUAGAGAACAAACUUCAGAAGUUUGAGAAAUCAUAUGUGGCAGAAGUGGGGGGAAGGAGAGUCGAGCUUUUUCCCACUGAGAAACUUCUGCAUUGUUUGAAUCUUUCAGGCAAAGAAAAUGGCUAUUCUUUUCAUAUAAGCAUUUCCAAGUAUACCUUAGAAAGUCUUUAUCAAUUAAAAUAUUUUAUGCUCAGAAUAUACUUAAAUUGAUAUGAAAUAACCUUUAAAGAAUCGUUAAGGAAAUGACUGCUGUAUUAAACGCCAGUAAAAGUGGUUAAAUGCUAAGGAUGAGCAUGUUCUAAUUGAGGAUCUAAAUGUGACUUGUAUUUCCUAUUGGUUUAGAAUACUUGUAAAGAAUGAAGUGUAAUGUAACUAUAUAUUCCCACUUGGUCUUACUGGACGGGCUUCAUUCUAUUACCAUAGUAAGGCCUCAAGCACCUGGCUAUUAACGUACCCUUCCAUUUUGCCUUUUUUUUUUUUUUUUAUUGCCACAAGCCAAAUAUAUCUUCUAAAUGAUGGAUCCAUUUAAUGGCUGCCUUUCCAUUUUCAUCUCUCUUCUUGUUACCUAUCUGUAAAUGUAGUCAAUAAUGGGGGAAAUCUAGCCAAAUUUUUGAGUGCAAAGGCAUGCUAAAAUUAAUUUUUUGAAGGUUUUUAAUUGGCAAAAAAUAGCUUAGAAUAAUGCCACCCGGAGACUUAGUGGAAAUCGCCACUUUGAAGGUACCAUUCAUUAGUUGGGUGUUUAAAAAGUUCAUCUUGAGGGAAUAACGUGUAAUAUAAUUUGAAAUAAAGAUAAGGUAAUCUUAAGAGCACUAUAACUGAUAACAUUGUGACUGGGGUGAGUUUGUUAAGUGAAUAACUUUGAUAAAGUUUUCAUGCACAGGCAAAAUGUAUUUACUAGAUUUCUAUGUAGUAUUCUGCUUUUACUUUGUAAUUUGUAGUCCUCAAGAAUUUUUUUUUAAAAUAAAGUCCAUCCUUAUACUUAGGUUUUAUACAUUAGUCUUUUUUUUAAUAUAAAUUUUAUUUUAAGACCUAAUGGUAUAUUGUAUGUUGAAUGCUCAGAUGUCUUUAUAAUCAUUAAAGAGCAACUCCUUUGAUCCUCCUGUAACUCAAACCUGUAAAGCACCUACACAGAAUUAUGAUGUAGCCACAACUACAUUGACAUUUCUACAGUGAAGUCAUUGCAUGUUGCUGCCGUCCAAGGUGUGCCCUGUUUUAUUAUAUACUGUGUAUAGUGAGAGUUUGUAGUCUUCCAAAGCUACAUUAUGAUCUUUGAUCAUGGUUUCUUUUCUUCAUGACACAGUAAUAUUUACUUAUUACAGUAUUUAGUAAAUGCAUAUAUCACCUAUUGUAAAGAAAGAAUGCAUUAUAAAAUGAUUUUCCUUUUGAAUUUUAAGUGAUAAUUUUAGAACUCUGCUGCCAGUGCCAGCCUUUGGCUUCAAAUAUGUAAUUCUUAAUGUAGAUGUUAAAACUGUACUUUUAGUUAUGAUUGGGGAAAUGUUCAUUGGUUUUUUUUCCUAUGGAGUCUCUUGGAUAUUAUGAUGUAUUUAGAGCUGAACAUAAAUUUCUUAAUCUUACUCUGGGAGUAUUAUCCUAGAGAUACUUACUCUGUUAUUAAAAAAAUAAAAGUUCCAUAUAGCAGAAAUGCCACAGAACAGACCAACAUAGCAUAAUGUGUUGGUGAGGGGGGGCUGCAUGUGACCAAAAUACUAGUUUAUAAUUCAGUGUUUCUCCAGCUUUUUCCAUUAUCAGAACUCCAAGAAGCCUUUUUAUUUUCCCUAAUAGAAUCCCCAAUAAAUUUUAAUAGAGAUA